AUGGCUUCAACAACGAAUAUGACUGUGCCAUGGGAGGAGCCGGAUUGGAGUAGUGCUCCUGCGUGGAAACUUCCUGGAUGGGCAGAACCAGUGAUGGUUGCAAGUAUUCUUAUUGGGUCCAUGGUACUUACCAGGAGACGAGGCUAUCGAAUUUUCGCACGAAGAGACUACAAUAUUCUGGCAGAUGAUUUCGAUUCAGCACGAUCAUCAGAUGAUCUUCUGGCCCGGGACUUCAUGAUGGGCCGCGACGACGAUAGUAUUGACUCCAUGUCAACGAUGAAGAACCCGCCAAAGAAGAGGCGAUGCUGUGGAACAGCCGUAUACACGCCCAAUACCUCGCGAUUCGCCGAUUACUACCACAGCAGAAUUCUUCAAAGAUUUCCCUUUUUGAUCGAGAUGUUCUAUUGGAUCAUCACCUAUGCGUUUUAUCGCAGUACGGCUCUGCUCUCCAAUGCAAUCUUCUCGAAAACUAAAAUCUGGGAUAUUGCUCAAGACCAUGCGCUAUCGAUCCUGGAAUUUGAGCAAUACUCCUGGUUGAGCUUUCUUUGGCCUGUUCGUGAGAGGGAGGUACAGCAAUGGUUCAUGCAUGGGCAUCAAACUUUCUUGACAGUCCUGAACCGCUCUUAUGCGCUGAUCCAUAUUCCAGGAACUGUUGGUUUCAUUGCAUGGUACUACUAUGCAGCUCCAUCAUUUAACACCUUCGCGAGAGUCCGACGAACGAUGACCCUCACAAACUUAUUCGCUUUCAUAAUUUUCAUCUUCUAUCCAUGCAUGCCCCCACGAUUUCUACCACAAGAAUAUGGCUUCCUCGACAGUGUAGGGCAUAACAACGCUCAAAGUGUAUGGAUGAGUGGAAAAUACGUCAACUCUUUAGCAGCUAUGCCAUCGAUGCAUUUCGGAUAUUCAUUUUGCAUUGGUUGCACGCUUGUCUACCACUCCGGUAUCUUCCGCAGGACACUUGAACCUGGAGAGCAACGCAAAUCAAAGCCAUGGGCUAUCUUUUACAUCCUCCUCGGAAUCGCAUAUCCAUGCUGGAUCCUCGUCACGAUCGUCGCCACCGCGAACCACUAUUUCCUUGACGCGUGCGUAGCUACACUUGUCGCUACUGCCGCUUUCUUUUGCAACAAAGUUUUCUUCGUAUUGAUUCCGCUGGAGGAUUUGUUGCUCUGGUGCUUGAGGCUAGAGAAGCCGAUCCCAACAACGGGGUAUGCUCUUCGUAGAUGA